AUGUCAGGAGCGGAGCCUCAAGGCUCGCCGCUCCCGCGAUCAUGCAGACGCUGUGACACCAAGCAAACGGUGGAAAACACGUCUGUCACGGGUCACAGUGUAAGUGUGAGAGAGAGAGCCACCUGCGAGGAGAGAGAGGCGCCUGCGAGGAGAGAGAGGCGCCUGCAAGAAGAGAGAGAGGCGCCUGCGAGGAGAGAGAGGCGCCUGCGAGGAGAGAGAGGCGCCUGCGAGGAGAGAGAGGCGCCUGCGAGGAGAGAGAGGCGCCUGCAAGGAGAGAGAGGCGCCUGCAAGGAGAGAGAGAGGCGCCUGCAAGGAGAGAGAGAGGCGCCGAGAGAGAGGCGCCUGCAAGGAGAGAGAGGCGCCUGCGAGGAGAGAGAGAGGCGCCUGCAAGGAGAGAGAGGCGCCUGUAAGGAGAGAGAGAGGCGCCUGCGAGGAGAGAGAGGCGCCUGCGAGGAGAGAGAGAGGCGCCUGCGAGGAGAGAGAGAGGCGCCUGCGAGGGAGAGAGAGGCGCCUGCAAGGAGAGAGAGAGGCACCUGCAAGGAGAGAGAGGCGCCUGCAAGGAGAGAGAGAGGCGCCUGCGAGGAAAGAGAGGCGCCUGCGAGGAGAGAGAGAGGCGCCUGCGAGGAGAGAGAGAGCCUCCUGCGAGGAGAGAGAGGCGCCUGCAAGGAGAGAGAGAGGCGCCUGCAAGGAGAGAGAGAGAGGCGCCUGCGAGGAGAGAGAGGCGCCUGCGAGGAGAGAGAGAGCCUCCUGCGAGGAGAGAGAGAGCCUCCUGCGAGGGAGAGAGAGGCGCCUGCGAGGAGAGAGAGAGAGCCACCUGCGAGGAGAGAGAGAGCCACCUGCGUGGAGAGAGAGAGCCUCCUGCGAGGAGAGAGAGAGCCUCCUGCGAGGAGAGAGAGAGGCGCCUGCGAGGAGAGAGAGAGAGCCUCCUGCGAGGAGAGAGAGAGCCUCCUGCGAGGAGAGAGAGAGCCUCCUGCGAGGAGAGAGAGAGCCUCCUGCGAGGAGAGAGAGAGCCUCCUGCGAGGAGAGAGAGAGGCGCCUGCGAGGAGAGAGAGAGAGCCACCUGCGAGGAGAGAGAGCCACAGGUAA